UUGCUCUCCAAGGCCAAUCCCACGGCGAGUACAGCGGUGACGUGUCCAAUACGAAAUAAAUACUCGGCUCUUUCGCCAUUUUUGAUUCUUACUCUACCCUCUCGUAGGGCGGGAACCCAAAGUCUCACCUCAACUCUUCUUCCACGUCUCUCUCUCCACCCCACUCUCUCUCUAGGGUUUUUCAAAUUUUGAAUUCCUCACUUCUGCUUUCUGUUACUAGCUACUCAAUACCUAAAUUGUUUGGCUCCCCGCUCAUUUUUUGUUACGGGGACGCAAGAUGAAUUUCCGUCAUGGCUCCAAAGUUUGGGUUGAAGACAGGAAUUUGGCAUGGGUGGCCGCUGAGGUUACCGGCUUUGCUGGAAAGCAAGUCCAACUUGUCACUGCUUCUGGGAAGAAGGUUUCUGCACUGCCAGAGAAACUCUUCCCCAGGGAUGCAGAUGAAGAGGAGCAUGGUGGAGUGGAAGAUAUGACGAGGCUGGCUUACUUGAAUGAGCCGGGAGUUCUGUAUAAUCUUCAAAGAAGAUAUGCCCUGAAUGAUAUAUAUACAUAUACAGGGAGCAUUUUGAUAGCUGUAAAUCCAUUCACAAAGCUUCCUCAUCUGUAUGAUACCCAUAUGAUGGAUCAGUAUAGAGGAGCACCAUUUGGUGAACUAAGUCCACAUGUAUUUGCUGUUGCUGAUGCUUCUUAUAGAGCAAUGAUGGAUGAAGGUCAAAGCCAGUCUAUUUUGGUCAGUGGUGAAAGUGGUGCGGGGAAAACUGAGACAACAAAAUUGAUUAUGCAGUAUCUUACCUUUGUUGGUGGACGUGCUGCUGGUGAUGAUAGGACAGUUGAACAACAAGUACUUGAAUCCAAUCCCCUCUUGGAGGCUUUUGGUAAUGCCAGGACUGUCAGGAAUGACAAUUCUAGUCGCUUUGGGAAGUUUGUUGAAAUUCAGUUCGAUUCAAACGGUAGAAUAUCUGGAGCUGCUAUUCGAACUUACUUACUGGAAAGGUCACGAGUAGUGCAGAUAACAGAUCCUGAAAGAAACUAUCAUUGCUUUUAUCAGUUGUGUUCAUCUGAAAGGGAUGCUGAGAAGUAUAAGUUAAGACAUCCGAGCCACUUUCACUAUCUAAAUCAAAGUAAAACGUAUGAACUAGAAGGUGUAAGCAGUGCUGAAGAAUACAUGAAGACAAGGAGGGCAAUGGAUAUAGUUGGUAUAAGCCAUGAGGAUCAGGAAGCCAUAUUUCGCACAUUAGCUGGAAUCUUACAUUUGGGGAACAUUGAAUUUUCUCCUGGAAAAGAACAUGACUCAUCAGCAAUAAAGGAUGAGAAGUCAAGGUUUCAUUUGCAGAUGGCAGCAGAUCUCUUCAUGUGUGAAGUGAAUCUACUGUUGGCAACAUUGUGUACUCGCUCAAUACAAACCCGUGAAGGAAAUAUCGUGAAAGCUCUUGAUUGCAAUGCUGCUGUUGCUGGUCGGGAUGCUUUGGCUAAAACUGUUUAUGCUCGCCUAUUUGACUGGCUAGUUGAAAAAAUCAACAAGUCUGUUGGACAAGAUAACAAUUCCCGGAUGCAAAUUGGAGUUUUGGAUAUAUAUGGUUUUGAGUGCUUUAAGGAUAACAGUUUUGAGCAAUUCUGCAUUAACUUUGCAAAUGAAAAGCUCCAGCAACAUUUUAACGAGCAUGUAUUCAAGAUGGAGCAGGAGGAGUACAGCAAGGAAGAAAUUAACUGGAGUUACAUUGAGUUUAUUGACAACCAAGACGUUUUAGACUUGAUUGAAAAGAAGCCUAUUGGCAUCAUUGCACUCUUGGAUGAAGCUUGCAUGUUUCCAAAAUCAAAUCAUCAAACAUUCUCAACCAAGUUGUUCCAGCAUUUCCGGUCCCACCCAAGGUUGGCAAAAGAAAAGUUCUCGGAAACUGAUUUUACCAUCUCUCAUUAUGCUGGAAAGGUCACUUACCAUACAGAUAGCUUCUUGGACAAAAAUCGUGAUUAUGUUGUUGUUGAACAUUGCAAUCUAUUGUCUUCUUCCAAAUGCCCCUUCGUGUGUGAUCUUUUCCCUCUGCUUCCAGAGGAAUCUUCUUCUAGAUCAUCAUACAAAUUUUCUUCGGUAGCCUCCAGAUUUAAGCAACAACUUCAAGCAUUGAUGGAGACUCUUAAUACAACAGAGCCCCAUUACAUACGAUGUGUGAAGCCAAAUUCUUUGAAUCGGCCACAAAGGUUUGAGAAUUCAAGUGUGAUACAUCAAUUACGCUGUGGGGGUGUCCUUGAGGCUGUUCGAAUUAGUCUUGCGGGUUACCCCACUCGUAGGACUUACUCAGAGUUCAUUGAUCGCUUUGGGCUGAUAGCUCCUGAAUUUAUGGAUGGCAGUUAUGAUGAAAAAACUACCACCGCAAAAAUUUUACGGAAGCUAAACCUUGAGAAUUUUCAGUUAGGUAGGACCAAAGUAUUUCUCAGGGCUGGUCAAAUCGGCAUUUUAGAUUCCCGCCGUGCUGAAGUGUUGGACUACGCUGCAAAGUGUAUUCAGCGUCGACUAAGAACAUUUAUUACUCACAGGGAAUUUAUCUCCAUCCGUGCUGCUGCAUUUUCUAUUCAAGCAUACUGCCGGGGAUGUCUUGCUCGAAAGAUGUAUGCUGCUAAACGGGAGACAUCUGCUGCUAUUUUCAUUCAGAAAUAUAUUCGUAUGUGGAUAAUGAAACAAUCAUACUUGAAACUAUAUUCUUCUUCUAUAACCAUACAAUCCUUUAUUCGUGGUUUCACAACUCGCCAAAGAUUUGUUCAUGGAAAAGAACACAGAGCUGCUACUGUUAUUCAGGCUUGUUGGAAGAUGUACAAAAUUCGGUCAGUUUUCCAACAUCGUCACACUUCAAUUGUGGCAAUACAAUGUCUUUGGCGGUGUAAGCAAGCGAAAAGAGAGCUUCGCAGAUUGAAAAAAGAGGCUAGUGAAGCUGGUGCCUUGCGUCUGGCCAAGAAUAAACUUGAAAAGCAAUUGGAAGAUCUCACAUGGCGAUUGCAUCUUGAAAAAAGAUUAAGGGUUUCUAAUGAAGAGGCUAAGCAAGUGGAGAUGUCAAAACUUCAAAAGACACUAGAAGCUCUAAAUCUUGAAUUGGAUGCAGCCAAAUUAGCAACGAUUAAUGAGUGUAACAAGAAUGCUAUGCUUCAAAAUCAAUUGGAAUUGUCAGUAAAGGAGAAAUCGGCUUUGGAAAGGGAGCUAGUUGCAAUGGAUGAACUACGGAAAGAAAAUGCUGCGCUAAAGAGUUCUUUGGAUGCCUUCGAAAGGAAGAAUGCAGCUUUAGAGCUUGAGCUUAUGAAGGCGCAAAAAGUUAGUGAUGAAACCAUUGAGAAACUGGGGGAGGUUGAACGAAAAUGUUCUCAAUUCCAGCAAAAUUUGAAAAGUCUUGAGGAGAAGUUGUCAACUUUGGAGGAUGAAAAUCAUGUCCUCCGUCAGAAAGCUUUGAAUCCAUCUCCUAAGAGCAGCCGACCAGCUAUCGCAAAGUCUUUUUCAGAAAAAUACUCAAAUUCAAUAGCUCCCCGUACGGAAAGAAAACCUAUAUUUGAGUCACCCACUCCCACAAAACUUAUUGCCCCAUUUCCACUUGGCUUGUCAGACUCUCGUAGAUCUAAGUUAACUGCAGAGAGACACCAGGAUAACUAUGAAUUCCUCUCUAGAUGUAUCAAGGAAGAGUUGGGGUUCAAAAAUGGUAAACCGUUGGCAGCAUGCAUCAUUUACAGGUGUCUUCUUCAUUGGCAUGCCUUUGAAUCUGAGCGAACAGCCAUUUUUGAUUACAUAAUUGAGGGAAUUAAUGAAGCCUUAAAGGCUAGAGAUGAUGACUCUCUCUUACCAUAUUGGCUGUCCAAUACUUCCGCGCUUUUGUGCCUCCUACAAAGGAACCUACGUUCAAAUGGCUUUCUAGCUACUACUGCCCAGCGUUAUACGGGAUCUUCUGGCUUGACCAGCCGAAUUGGACAUGGACUGAAAUCUCCAAUAAAAUUCCUUGGAUAUGAUGAUGGUGUGUCACAUGUAGAGGCAAGAUAUCCUGCUAUACUUUUCAAACAACAGUUAACUGCUUGUGUAGAGAAGAUUUUUGGCCUGAUACGUGAUAAUUUGAAAAAGGAGCUUUCUCCACUUUUGAGCUCGUGCAUUCAGGCACCAAAAACUGCACGGGUGCAUGGGGGAAAAUCAUCCCGGUCUCCUAGUGGACUUCCUCAGCAAUCUCCUGGUGGUCAGUGGGACAACAUCAUUAAAUUUUUGGAUUCACUUAUGAGCCGACUACGUGGAAAUCAUGUACCAUCAUUCUUCAUACGUAAACUAGUUACUCAAGUCUUCUCUUUCAUCAAUAUUACACUCUUCAACAGCCUUCUGUUGCGGCGUGAAUGUUGUACGUUCUCAAAUGGGGAAUACGUGAAAUCCGGUCUAGCUGAACUGGAAAAGUGGAUAGCUAAUGCAAAGGAGGAGUAUGCAGGAACAUCCUGGCAUGAGCUAAAUUAUAUAAGACAAGCUGUUGGGUUUCUGGUAAUUCAUCAAAAGAGGAAGAAAUCCUUGGAAGAGAUUCGACAGGAUCUUUGUCCGGCAUUGACUGUGAGGCAAAUCUAUCGCAUCAGUACUAUGUACUGGGAUGACAAGUACGGAACGCAGAGUGUAUCCAAUGAGGUAGUUAGUGAAAUGAGGGAAAUUGUGAGCAAGGACAAUCAAAAUCUGACUUCAAAUUCAUUUUUGUUGGAUGAUGAUCUGAGCAUUCCAUUUUCUGCUGAAGACAUAGAUAUGGCGAUAUCUGCAAUAGAUCCCGAUGACAUUGAUCACCCGCCAUUUCUGCCGGAAUAUCCUUGCGCCCAGUUUCUUGUUGCACAUUAGAAGUGAUUGAUCGAUGACGGUUUCAAGAUUGUUUCUAAAGCUAAGUCGGCCUAAAGUAUUGCAUUGAUCGCAGUGCUCUGCACGCUGGAAACACAAGUUUCUCUUCACAUGGAUUGCGAGCUUUGCUGUCAUCAGAUGUUUUCGAUAAUCCCGAUAGAUUUGCCAAUCAAGAUGUCUACCAGUCAAUUCGGGAAAAGUUGCUUCGUAGGUUGUCCAGAAAGUUGUAAUUAAGGGUGGACGGCAGUUUAGAAAUUAAAAGCUUCCUUAUAUUUUAUGUUGCUCCUCCUCUUAGCUAUGCUGAUUAGGGGGUCAAAAUGUAAUGAUGUAAAUGUAUUUGUAAACCGACCUAGGGCUAGGCAGAAAGAAUGAAGUAUUGUUUCAUUCAUUGAUGUAAAUACUGAUCUUGCUAUAGUAUUAUCCUGCCACGUUUAGUCUUGGCACUUACAGUAA